AUGGAUUCCACUCAAAAAGCUUGUGCCAAAUGCCACAAACUUCAAGCAGACAUACCCCUCAAACGCUGCGCCAAAUGCCAAAACCAGUGGUACUGCAGCCGUGACUGCCAGAAAGCCGAUUGGAAAGCCCACAAGGCAUUCUGUGCCUCUUCGCAGCAGAGCAAUGCGCAGAGAGAACCCCACGCUACAACCAAUUUCGACGCCAUGCCCAAAGUGUUCGGCAACUUCUUCAAGGGUAUUUGUCCAGACAACUACCUACAUCAAUUCCCCAAGAAAGAUGCUUUCCGCCAGCUGAUUGACUGCUAUCGCAUGCGUGUUGAGGACGACUACAACUUUGCGGGCGAUACCCGUGGACUCUACAACGGGGACGACCCACUGGCCGACUUUCAGGAGUUCUUGGACAUGGCAGAGACGAGAGGCGGAAUUCUGCCCAGCUGGUGGUCGGAUGGAAAGAGGAAGGAGUGUGAGGAGAGUGCAGUGGGGACAUCGAACUGGAGCGAUCUGAACGCCGCGGUGGAGAAACAGGAUGUCAUCGAACACUACGGAGAUCCUACCAUGCCGAUGAAGUUGAGACUGUUGGCUGAGAAGAUCUAUGGCAAGAAGAUCGAGGGAACGUGA